ACUGACUGGUUCCAAAGCACUCUUCUGUGUUGGCGUCCUAGAUAAUUCUCAAAAUUAGGCUGAAGGUGGAAAAGCAAUACAAGUCCAUGAUGAUGAUCUCGUAGCGAGAAUGCCAGGCAUCCCUCUCGUCACUCGUCAAACCUCUUCGUGUUCAAGAAACACAAUUCAGAUGUGCAAUGAAGACCCCCGUGUGCAUUUGUCUGAAGAGGAGAAGAUUGCUGCUGAAAAGAGCUUGGAAGCGUAUUGCAAGCCUGUUGAGUUCUACAACAUUAUCCAGCGGCGUGCCCUUAAGAAACCUUUGUUUCUUCAGAGAUGUUUGAAUUAUAAGAUUGAAGCAAAACAUAAUAGCAGAAUACAAAUGAGUGUGUUCCUUUCGGGGACUACAGAUACUGGGGUACAAACUCAAAAGCUGUUCCCUCUGUAUAUUUUGCUGGCAAGACUCGUUUCUCCUAAGCCUGCUGCAGAGUAUUCUGCAGUAUAUAGGUUCAGUCGAGCAUGCAUCCUUACUAGUGUCCUGGGUGUUGAUGGAGUCAGUCAAGCUCAAGCCAACUUUCUUCUCCCUGAUUUGAGCAGGCUUGCCUUGGACGCAAGAUCAGGAUCAUUAGCUAUCUUAUUUAUCAGCUUUGCUGGUGCGCAAAAUUCUCAAUUUAGCAUUGAUUCAAGCACUAGACAUUCAGGAAAUAUAGGAGGACAUUGCCUAUGGAGCAAAAUACCUGUGCAAUCGCUCUAUGCAUCGUGGAAGAAUUCUGCAGACUUGGAAUUGGGACGGAAAGUAAACUCAGUCUCUCUUGUUGAAAUGCAGCCUUGCUUCAUUAAGCUAAAGUCUAUGACUGAGGAAAAGUGUGUCUCAAUUCAGGUUCCCAGCAAUCCCCUCACCUCGAGCUCACCGCAGCAAGUGCAAGUCACCAUAUCUGCAGAAAUGGUUGGGGCAUUAGAAAAAUCUCCUUAUAGUUCAUUUACAUAUGAUGGCAUCCCUUCCUCUUCACUGGUACACAUUAUCAGGUUGAGAAAAGGGAAUGUCGUUUUCAAUUACAAAUACUAUAACAACAAACUGCAGAGGACUGAAGUAACUGAAGACUUCCGUUGUUCAAUCUGUUUAGUAAAAUGUGGCAGUUUCAAGGGCCUGAAAUGUCAUUUGCCAGCAACCCAUGAUCUCUUCAAUUUCGAGUUUUGGGUAAGUGAAGAUUAUCAGGCUGUAAAUGUGUCCCUGAAGAGUGAGACAAUGAUCGCUGAGAUUAAUGAGGGCGGCGUUGACCCAAAGCAGCAACCAUUGUAUUUCUCUUCAAAGAAUUACAGACGUAGGAAGCAAAAGAGUCAAGUACGGAGCACAAGGCAGGGGCGCCAAAUUGGAUUAGGCUGCGAGGUGCUAGAUAAAACUGAUGAUGGUCAUACUGUUAGAAGUGAGAGGAGCCGAAUACCAGCUGGAAAUAGAGGUGGUGAGUCGUCUGGUCAAAGAGUUCCUCCUGGUGAUGUGCAAUCAGGUGGUGAUCCAGAUAAUGUGCAGCCAGUAGCUGGAAAUACAAUGCUGCAGUUUGCAAAAACGAGGAAGCUAUCUAUAGAACCGUCGGACUUGAGGAACCGUAGCCUCCUUGAGAAGAGACAGUUCUUUCACUCUCACCGAUCUCAGCCCAUGUCUCUGGAACAAGUACUUUCUGGCCGAGAUAGUGAGGAUGAAGUUGAUGAUGAUGUGGCAGAUUUUGAAGAUAGAAGGGUAUGAUGAUGCCAAUGCAGCCAGUCUUGUUCCAUUUUCCUUUCCUUCUCACAAGAAGCUAAAUUGUUAUUUAAGUAGUAUGGUAGAGAUUUCAAUAGAAAAUAUGUAUGCUCAUGGUCCGAUAUGGAACAAUAGAACCAAAUAAUGAGCUUAUAUAACGAAACUGUCUCUGUUUGUUUUCGGUUGUUACAUAGUUUGUUAUAUAACGAAACCGUCUCUGUUUGGUUGAAUGAUA